AUGCCUCGUCCGGGGAAAAAUUCCUACAGUGACCAAAAGCCUCCUUACUCGUACAUCUCACUGACUGCGAUGGCUAUCCAGAGUUCUGCGGAGAAGAUGCUCCCCUUGAGUGAGAUUUACAAAUUCAUCAUGGACAGGUUUCCUUAUUACAGGGAGAACACUCAGCGGUGGCAGAAUUCUCUGCGCCACAAUCUCUCCUUUAACGAUUGUUUCAUCAAGAUCCCGCGCAGACCUGACCAGCCGGGCAAAGGCAGCUUCUGGGCCCUUCAUCCUGACUGUGGGGACAUGUUCGAGAACGGGAGUUUCCUCCGGCGCCGUAAGAGGUUUAAGGUGCACCGCUCAGAGCACUUGUCCGCCAAAAACUCACAAAUGAUCCAUUAUUUCCAGCACCACCACCACCACCAGCAGCAGCAACAAGCCAAGUUGGGGUUGGCCACGCCAGAGACGGCCCCAGGUAUGGGGCGCUUGCCCCAGUUCCAGCCCUAUGGAGUCAACGGGCCCCAGUCCACUGGAUUUAAACACCCAUUUGCCAUCGAGAACAUAAUUGGAAGGGACUAUAAAAACAUGAUGGCCAGCGGACUUCCCUUAGCCUCUGUAAUGCACCACCUUGGUUACCCCGUGCCCAGCCAGCUCAGUAACAUGGUGGGAUCCAUGUGGCCUCAUGUUGGUGUCAUAGACUCCAUGGCCCCCAUGCCAGUUUCUCCAGAUUACAGCCCAUUUGGGGUUCCCAUGAAGACAAUCUGUCACCCGGGCACGCAGACAAUGCCAGCCGUCCCUGUGCCCAUCAAACCUACAGUGUCCCUGGCAUCUAUCUCCACAAUGCCAGCCCCAGGAGCCCUGCCAGGCAGUCCCACGCAGAUCUGUCCGUCCUCAACUUCAGCCUCUUUGCAUCCAGAUCAGACUCGAUCAGCCUCCACGGAGGGAAAAACUAGCUCAUUACACUCCGUGCUGGUCCAUUCCUGA